CUUGCUCGACCGCGUUAUCCUUCUAUCCUCCAAAGACCCCGAACCCUCCUGCAACCAAAGCUAGAAAAAUCUCGAGAAAGAGAGGAAUAAUGCUAGCGUUGGGGAUCCCUUCACCUCCUUGCUCUCCCCCAAUUCUCUCUUAUUAUUCCUCUCCAAAAACCUCCAAAUUCUCGUCUCUAACCUCCUCCUUCAAUGGCCUCAAAACUACGAGGAUCAAAACCUCAAUCCGAACUCCACUGCCCUCCCCCUCCGACAAAACGGUCGUCAGAAUGGCGAAGAGAGAGGAGGAGCUGAAGGAUAUCAGGGCCAAAACAACCGAAGAGAUCAAUGAAGAGAUUGUUGAUCUCAAGGGGGAGCUCUUCAUGUUGAGGCUUCAGAGGUCGGCGAGGAACGAGUUCAAGUCCAGCGAGUUCCGCAGGAUGAGGAAAAGGGUAGCUAGGAUGCUGACAGUAAGAAGGGAGAGGGAGAUUGAAGAGGGAAUCAACAAAAGACUUUCAAGAAAGCUCGACAGGAAAUGGAAGAAGAGCAUUGUGGUUAGGCCGCCUCCUUCUUUGAGGAAGAAGCAAGAGGAAGAGAAAGCUAAAGCUGCAGAAGCAGAGAAAUCGGCAUAACUUACCACAUAUUCCCUGAUCUUCUUCUUCUCAGUGUAUUUUUAACGUUGGUUACUUUUCUGAACAAGUUGUUUUAUUUUGCAUUCAUAAUGAAUACGUUGAGCACUUUUGCUUAAAUUACGUGUGAUCUUCAGUCUCAUUCGCAAUGUUUCCUUUGAGAAUUGGCAUCUGUGAUUAUUGAAGGAAGCCAUGUUGUUAUCAGA